UCAUCAGCUGUAAAUUGAUAAUCUCUAGUAAGUAUGGUACAGAAAGGUAGAGGUAGUUACGACAACGCGGUCAAGAGACCACCUAAACCGUCUCCAGUAUCGAAUAUCGCCAAAAUCGGAAGUCUAAAUCGGUAUCCCGACAAGGAAUACGCCAAUUCUAUACUUCACGAUGUUGCGAAAGCAGUGGCGCCGAUAAUACACGAAAACAAUUUCAAAGUAGGCACACUAUGCGAGAUGUUUCCCAAUAAUCCUAACUUGUUAGGACUUAAUGUUAACCGCGGCCAGAAGAUCUUAUUGAGACUACGGUAUCAUUCUAAUGAUCGGCUGUUUCUUCCUGUUGGGGAUAUCAUCGAGACGUUUUUGCAUGAAUUAACCCAUAAUUUGUAUGGAGCUCACGAUAAGAAAUUUUAUGAUUUUUUGGAUGGGUUGAAAAGAAGGUAUGAUCUGAUAAAGUAUGGCGGUGCUGCAUCGGGUUAUCGAUGUGAAGAAGAAAAGCUCGGGUCGAAGUUUUCAGUUACACCUAAUUUGGUGUCGGUGCGAGAAAAGAGAAUAAAAGAGUUAAGCAAGCCAAAGUACAAAGCAGAGGUGAGAGUACUAGGACUGGGCACCACAACUGUGAAUACCAUUCCUUCGAAAGUACGGAAACCCGAGACUGAGCAAAAGACAAUGAGACAGUUGAUUCUCGAAGCUGCUGAACGAAGACAACGUGAUUCUAAAUGGUGUCAUAGUGAGAAUGCCGAGAAGGAAGAUGUUCCUGAUGAUAAUGAUCUUGAUGUUAUUGAAAUUCAUGAAGAUGACGAACCUGUCGAACCAAAGAAGAUUACAGAUGUUGUUGAUUUAACCGAGGAGGAUGACGAGCACUCUGUUGAACAGGAAAUUAUAGUUAUUGACGGAUAAAACUAAUUAGAAAUGACCCAGAAAGAGUAAAUACAAUACAAUAAUGACCGUAUCUUU